CGCGACGAACGCGGCUGACGGGACGGUCGCGAGAGAGCGCGACGGUUUGGCCGAGCGGUGGUGGUUACGGCGACGGCGACCGUACCCGAAACCGGUUGACGGCGGCGGCGGUUUACGGCUCCGUUGCUGCGGCGCGUAAUAUAAUAAUAUUAUUAACUACACGCGCAGUCGUCGUCCGUCACCCGAUCGAUCUCGCGUUCUGCGAUUCGCGUGUCGCGAGUGUAUUGUUUCUCUGUGCUUGUGUUUGUGUGUGUUUUUGUAUGUUUAUUGCUUUUUGUUCUCCUCUCGCAUAGAUUUUAUUUGAAAAAAAUAAUAGCAUACCACUACACUAUUAUCAUCGGUCUAGUGCGCGAGUGUACGUUGGCCGUGCGUAGUUUGGCGCGCGAGUGUUGCGUAUAUAGUGCGAGCGUCCGAUAACAGCGCCGCGUGAUCGACGAUGACGACGGAUGCGCACCCACCGCAGCCGCUGCAGUUAACAGAGUCGCCGGCAAAAACGCCCGCAUGAAACCCAUCACGUUCGAGAAUCUCCGGCGGCUGAUCGGCGGUCGUCGGAAGAACAAGGACCGAAACGAGUCGCCGUUCAAGCGGAGCGACUCGUUCAAACGGAUAUCGAUCCGCAGGAAUUACUUGGACGGUCGAGGAGGCGGUCAAAAGGGCAGGAAUCCCACCAAAAAGCCUCUGCCCAUCGACAUCGUCGGCGAUGGCGACGAGUCGCCGCAACGGUAUCAGAACCACCAACAACAGCAGCAGCAGAAUUCCUCCGCGCUCGCUUCGUCCAAGCCGGACGCCAACCCUCCGGCUAGUGAUCCGGUCGUUUGUCGUCUCCAGGCCAGUCCCCGGGCCGCUUGUCGUCGUCCGAUAAGUCCUCUGCCCGCGCCGCCGGGCAGAGACGACGCGCCACCGCCACCCGUGGAGCGGAGACGGCAGGCGGUCGCGCCGGCACCACCUCCGCCACCGCCACCGCCAUCGCCACCGCCCGCCGACGAAGCGUCCGCGACCGCCGCCUCCGCCGCGACAGCCGGUUCGUCGGCCGCCACCGUGCAGGCCGCGCCGGUCAUCGAUUACGGCGAAUGGAUUCGGUGCAUACGCGCGGAAGAAGACUUGAACAACUUGAAGCGGUCGUGUUCGCCUCCCCCGCCUCCCACGCCGCCCGCCCGGUACCGUUACCACGUGCACAAGGAGCUGGACGACAGCAGCCGCACCGACUCGGCCAUCAGUCUCGGCCGGAUAUGGAUGGACGCUCCGAUGCUGCCGCCGGCCGCGCCCCGGAGUCUGGAGCUACCCGCCCGGCCGGCAGCGGCCUCGGCGAUGGCGGCCGACGGCGACGGACAACCGCAGCGUCGGGCCCACCACUCGCUGGAAAGCGCGCUCAAGGACAAGCGGGACGACCGGCCGGUGCCGUGCAGGCGGUUUCACCGGUACCCCGUGGCCGCGGACGGCGUCAACAAGACGGCGUCCCGAUCGUCGGUGGCGUCCACGUGUUCGGGCAAAGACUCGGGCUUCAGCCUGUCCGCCCCCGGGCUGUCGGACCCGCCACGGCCGUCCAAGCAGCAACUGUUUCGCAAGAAGGCGCCCAGGCGUCCCGCUGCGGCCGUCGCGAGUAAACCGUCGACGACGACGACGGCGCCGCAGCAGCACGCGCCCACGUCGCAAGACCAACUCUAUCAGGUGGUGGUCGGCCGGUCGCCGUUCCGACAGCUCAAAUUGGACCCCAUGAUGUUCGUCCCCCCGGAGAGGAGGCGUACCGCGCCCCACCAUCACCACCAUCACCCGAAGCCCCGGACGGCGGUCGUCGAAAUCCGAGACUAUUGCGUGCCCAAAGACGCUCGUCUGCAGCAUCGACGCGACGCCGCGGAUCACUACCGCGGGGACACCGACGACGAAGACGACGAACAGGACAGGCUUUACGAGUCGAUAUCGAAAGGCAGUCUGGGACGGUGGCAAGAGUCUACGGACGACGCGGACACCGAAGACGACGACCAGGAGCAGCUGCAGCAGCUCUACCACCGCAGGCACCAGCAGCACCACCACUGUCACCACCACUGUCACCACCACCACCAGGCCCAAGACCAGAACCGGACACCCGCGGCCCGGAACACCGACCGAGUGAAACGGAAAAAGUCGGCCCGACGGAAUAUUAAAUACGUGGUGAAGCCGGUCCGACGGGCGCCGUCCGCGGCCACCCGGAGACCCAGCGUCACAGCCAAAUCGAAAACCGCCGGCACGCCAACAGCAAGUGAUAUUACGCAAAAAGGGUACGAGAAAAAGAAGACAAGACUUUUGGCUCCUUAUGCUCCUAAGCAACCCCAAGCCGGUCCCCCAUCGGCUUCGAACAGUAAACAGCCGUCUUCCCAGCAGCAUCAACACCAUCAACAUCGCACCAGGCGCACGCAAAGACGCGUCACUCAUAAUGAGAAACGAUAUCAUUCAGAAGUGCGACAAGAAGCUGUACAACAAGCUCUGGCCGCAAUGCAGUCUAGGCCCAAACCGUCGUUGCCGAUGCCCAGCAAACGUACCUCGGUUAUGGCAAGAAGUCCCGAUCGGUCGGCCACCGCGCGCAACGAAACCGAUUCGAGUUCGGACGACGAUAGCGUCGGUGACCAUAUACCUGACCGAGGAGAAAUCAAAGACCGUGGUAGCGGUGGACGUGAACGUAGCAGCGGAGCGGAUACCAGUAGUACGGGUGGGUCUGCUAGAGAUACACCGCCACAUCCAAAGACUGUUGCUGCUGCUGCCACUGUCGUUGCCACUACCAUUUCUCCUUCUGCUACUCAUGGACCUCAACAUCAGCCACUGCCGUCGAUGCAGCAACAGCAGCAACAUAGACAUCAUCAUCAUCACCACCACACCAAGAUUCCUAAUGGUGCGCCUGGAGGUGGAGUGUCCGGAAACAACGGUCCCAGUUAUUGGGAUGAGUCCAGGACGAUUAUCGAGACUCCUAAGGAGCAGGAUAAAAUCAAACGCAAUAAGCCCGAGGUGACUGAAGUGGCUGACAUGUUGCACAACGUCCGACCUCCAUACCCUCAACCUCCAGACGUUACGAAUAACGUGACGCAGUCCAGGAGAUAUACACCCGCGGAUCGAGUAAAUCGGUACAGCCGAGAUUCCAGACAAUCGUCUAGUGACGAUGGAAUGGGCACGGUAUCCAGCAGUGGCCGUUGGAAAGUGUCGGCCAAAAUUCAACAAUUGUUAAAUACACUUAAACGACCCAAACGACGGCCGCUGCCCGAGUUCUACGAAGACGAUGACGUCGAACUUGAGAUCGCGGCCAACCCUAAAGAUCCUAACGCACCGCGACCAGAGGGUGCCUACAUGUCUCCGGCUUUGGGUGAACCACUAUCCGUACCAUCAGGACUUCCUCGUAAUUUGGAAGCUGCUCUGCAACGUUAUGGUUCGAGUACUUUUAAAGCUCCCGUAGCUACUGUAUUGGAUCCUAAUGGAAAAUUAAGCAUCACACUUACUUACGGUAAACUUCUUAGCAGAUCUCACAAAGUGGCCUACACUCUCCUAAACCGUCCACUAGUCAAAGGUAAUGGUGGUGGAGAGUGCUUGAAACAUGGUGACCGUGUAGCUCUAGUCUAUCCGAACAGUGACCCAUUAAACUUCCUGUGCUCUUUUUACGGUUGCAUAUUCGCUGGAAUCGUACCUGUGCCAAUUGAAGUGCCAUUAACUCGCAGAGAUGCAGGGUCACAACAAAUAGGAUUUCUAUUAGGUAGCUGUGGUGUUCAAGUAGCCCUGACAUCUGAUGUGUGUCUAAAAGGUCUUCCAAAAACAGCUACUGGCGAUGUAGUAGCAUUUAAAGGCUGGCCAAAGUUACAUUGGUUUGUCACCGAACACCUACCCAAGACUCCUAAGGACUGGUGUCCACCACCUCAUAUUGGUGAAGACACUCCAUCUUACAUAGAAUACACCACUGAUAAAGAAGGUUCUGUAAUGGGUGUAAGUGUAAGUCGCACAGCUAUGUUAAACCAGUGUCGGGCUUUGAGCCAAUCUUGUAACUAUACUGAAGGUGACACCAUGGUAUGUGUUCUCGAUUUUAAACGUGAAACUGGCCUAUGGCAUUCUGUUUUAACAUCUAUCUUAAAUGGCAUGCAUGUGAUAUAUAUUCCAUAUGCUUUAAUGAAAGUCAACCCAGCUUCUUGGAUGCAAAUGAUUACAAAAUAUAGAGCAAGUGUAGCAGUAGUUAAGUCUCGAGACUUGCAUUGGGGUCUUUUAGCGACCAAAGAUCACAAAGAUAUUGUUCUUAGUUCAUUGAGAUUAUUAUUGGUUGGUGAUGGAGCUAACCCGUGGUCUUUGUCAUCAUGUGAUCAAUUUUUAGCCGUUUUUCAAUCUAAAGGUUUGCGACCAGAUGCUCUGUGCCCAUGUGCCUCAUCAAGUGAAUGUCUCACAGUUUCUGUUAGAAGACCUGGCAGAGCUGGAGUAAAUGCAACUGGACGUGGUGUCUUAUCAAUGUCUGGCUUAAGUUAUGGUGUAGUUCGUGUGGACCAAGAAAAUUCACUAACUUCAUUAACUCUUCAAGACUGUGGUCAAGUUAUGCCCAAUUGUUCAAUGGUAGUUGUUAAAAUGGACGGUAUACCUUAUAUGUGUAAAACUGACGAAGUUGGAGAAAUUUGUAUGGGUGGACUCAGUACGACAACAUGCAAUUACUGGGGACUUCCAGGCUUAUCCAACGCAACAUUCAGAGUUGCACCAAUCGGAGAAGAUGGAAAACCUACAAAUGAUACAAUUGAAUAUACAAGAUCAGGUCUUCUUGGAUUCCUUGGACCUGGUGGACUAGUAUUUGUGUGUGGAUCUCGAGAUGGUCUCAUGACAGUUACUGGACGCAAGCAUAACGCUGACGACAUUAUUGCCACUGUUUUGGCUGUGGAACCAAUGAAAUUUAUAUAUAGAGGAAGAAUCGCUGUAUUUGCUAUACGUGUAUUGCGUGACGAGCGUAUAUGCGUUAUUGCUGAACAACGACCCGAAUGCAGUGAAGAAGAAAGUUUUCAAUGGAUGUCCAGAGUACUUCAAGCAGUCGAUUCCAUUCAUCAAGUUGGGCUGUACUGUUUAGCAUUAGUACCACCUAAUUAUCUUCCCAAGACACCAUUAGGAGGAAUUCAUUUGUCUGAAUGCAAAAGAAGAUUUUUAGAUGGAAAUCUACAUCCGGCUAAUGUACUUAUGUGUCCUCACACAUGUGUUACAAACUUACCUAAGCCACGAGAAGUACAUUCAGUUGGCGGGACUGUUUCAGACGUGGGACCUGCGUCUGUGAUGGUUGGAACAAUAGUGCAAGGUAAUCGUUUGGCUACAGCACAAGGGCGUGAUAUUGGCAUCAUUGAUAUGGAAUCAGAUUCUAACAAAACUUAUCUUUUCAUAUCUGAAAUACUCAAGAUGAGGGCAAUUAGAGAUCCUGAUCAUGUAAUAUUUACUUUGGUGAAUGCAAAAGGCGGUGCAGCUGCCACAUUAACUUGUUCACAGUUACAUAAACGAGCAGAGAAAGUGUCAAACUUGUUGAAUGAACGAGCCAAAGUGAAUACUGGUGAUCAUGUUGCACUUAUCUUCCCUCCAGGAAUUGAUCUCAUAUGUGCAUUUUAUGGUUGUUUGUAUGUCGGUGCUGUUCCUGUGACAAUACGACCCCCUCAUCCACAAAAUCUUCAGACUACUCUACCAACAGUGCGAAUGAUUGUAGAUGUCAGCAAGUCUACAUUAGUCUUAUCUAAUCAAAGUAUCAUAAAACUUCUCAAGUCAAAAGAAGCUAGCAAUGUGGUGGAUGUAAAAUCGUGGCCAGUAAUCUUGGACACUGAUGAUAUGCCAAAGAAAAAAAUUGUACCCACUUACCGAGCACCAACUGCUGAACUUCUAGCUUAUUUGGACUUCAGUGUUUCUACUACUGGAAUGUUAGCUGGAAUUAAAAUGUCACAUGCCGCUGUCACGUCAUUGUGUAGAUCUAUGAAAUUAGCAUGUGAACUUUAUCCAUCAAGACAUAUUGCGUUGUGUUUAGAUCCAUACUGUGGUUUAGGGUUCGCUUUGUGGUGCUUAAGCAGUGUAUAUUCUGGUCAUCAUUCAAUUCUUAUACCUCCAUCUGAAAUUGAAAUAAAUCCUGGUCUAUGGCUCUCAGCUGUUAGCCAAUAUCAAGUUCGAGACACGUUUUGUUCUUAUGGUGUCAUGGAACUGUGUACCAAAGGCUUGGCUUCAUCUGUAGGACUUUUGAAACAACGAGGUGUGAAUUUAGCAUGUGUACGUACAUGUGUUGUAGUCGCCGAAGAAAGACCUCGAAUAAACCUGACAACAUCAUUCUCAAAGUUAUUCUCUGCUCUUGGACUCAGUCCCCGAGCUGUGUCUACCAGUUUUGGAUGUCGUGUGAAUGUAGCCAUAUGUUUGCAAGGAGCGUCCAGUCCAGAACCAUCAUGUGUAUAUGUUGACCUACGAGCCUUAAGAAAUGAUCGAGUUUCCCUGGUGGAACGCGGCAGCCCGCAUUCAUUGUGCUUGCUAGAAUCAGGGAAAUUGUUACCUGGUGUUAAAGUAAUCAUCGCCCAUCCAGACACGAAGGGUCAUUGUGGUGAUUCUCAUCUGGGUGAAAUUUGGGUACAAGCGCCACAUAACGCCAGUGGAUAUUUUAGCGUAUUUGGCAAUGAAAUAUCAGAUGGUGGAAAUGGAUCAGAACAAUUCAAUGCACGACUAGUCACUGGUAGCACAGGCGAAGUUUAUGCUAGAACCGGUUAUCUUGGAUUUUUAAGGCGUACUGAAUCAACAUCGACACCAUCAAGUGUUGCAUUACAUUCAACAGACACUAUUGACAUAAUGUCUCUUAGUGAUUUGUCACUUGCCUCGUCUAACCAAUCCACUCUAAGUAGCAAUGCUACUGCUCCUGCUGAAUUACCAGAGCUUCAUGAUGCCGUUUUUGUGGUUGGUGCUCUGGACGAAACAAUUAUUCUUCGAGGAAUGCGUUAUCAUCCAAUUGAUAUUGAAAAUAGUGUUAUGCGAUGUCAUCGAAAGAUUGCAGAAUGUGCUGUAUUUGCUUGGACUAAUCUCUUAGUAGUUGUGGUUGAGCUGGAUGGCAAUGAGAGCGAAGCACUUGACUUGGUACCAUUAGUGACCAAUGUGGUACUUGAAGAACAUCAUUUAAUUGUUGGCGUUGCUGUAGUAGUUGAUCCAGGCGUGGUGCCAAUAAAUUCGCGCGGUGAAAAACAACGUAUGCAUCUGCGUGAUGGCUUCUUAGCUGAUCAACUUGACCCUAUUUAUGUAGCAUAUAACAUGUGAUCACCUCUAAAUCAAGGGGUCUAGUUUUGUUUUUAGAUAAAUUUAUAGUUGUGAUAUACAAAAUUAUUAUUAUUAUUAUUAUUAUUAUUAUUAUAAAAAUACACGUUAAAUAGAAAUCUUAAUUAUAAUCAAAUUUAAAAAGAGAAAAAAAAAUCCAAAACAGUAGACUAUAUUAUUAUUAUUGAAGUAAUUUCGAUAUAAUAAUUGUAUGAUAGAUGAUUUUAUUUUUGUUAUUUUAAGUUGCCAUAUUGUGCGUCUGAUGGUUGUGAUAAAAUUUCGGGCCACUAUUUCAUCCUUUCAUUCUCCUUUUUUUUCUUUAAUAAUAUAACUGUAUGUAUGACCUAGUCAUAUGUUAAAAACUUAAAGUUUAAAUUUAAAAAAAAAAAGACAUAAUUAUAACAAUUUAACAUCGCGUAGCUAUUUAAUCUUUAUUAUACAUAAUAAACAUUUAUAUAUAUAAAUAUAUGAAUAUUGUGCAAUUUUAAUUGAUAAAAUUAUUUGUGACUAGUAUGCGUGUGUGUGCAUGUAACACACGCAUGUACCAUACACGUCAACCUCACCAUGUCUCAAUGUUUUUGUAAAUAUUAUAAUAAAUUUAGUAUAUAUUUAUAUAAUUAUAUACAUAUUUAUGCAUUGAUGCAUAAGUAACAAUUGUAAAUCAACAGUGAAUCGCGUACACUAUGUAUGAAUGUGCGUUUUGUUUUAUUUAUGAUUUUAGAUUUAUCUUUUCUGUACACAGUAAAUAAUAGAUGCCAAAAUGUGUAUUAGUGCUCAUAAUUUUUGAUUACCUUUAAUAUAUAAUAUAUAAUUGAAACUUUGGUUGUACCUUAAAUGAGUGCAAAUAAGUGUGUGAGUGUUGUGUGUUUUUUUUUUAUGUAUAAAUAAAAAAAAAGAUAAUAAUAAUAUAA